CUCACUACUCUGGUCCAAAAUUUCGAUGUUUUCACUUUUAUUGUUUAUAAAUUUAAUUUCUUCAUUCACAUCGAAAUCAAAAAUGUGAUUCAGAGACGUUUGUUUUUUUCCUAUCCAAUAAUAAUUCAAGUUAUUCAUGUGGCUUUUAGUGGUUAAAUUAUGCGCUAUAAAUUGUUGCCACAAUAUCAAAAUGGCAAUGAUCAUGAUGGGUCAUUUGCCAUCAAUGGUUUCGUUAUCAAUCAUAAUCCAUUAAAUGUUCGGCAAAAAUUUUCAUUGAUCUCAUUAUUUUCUCGUAUCUCAUUACGUCGGUGGUUAAUCAUUUCGCUUUUGUUGACAAUCAUUUCAUUCUUUUAUUUCAACGAACUGAUACCAACUCAAUUUCGAGGAUGGAUACGACUACCACCAAAGGUUAAUUUCUAUUGUUUUCGUGUAAGAAAUCCCUCCACUUCUGUCGAUGAUUAUGGUCAAUUAUUGUUUUCCACACAAUUCAAACCAUCAUCAUCUAAUCAUCGAUUACGUUCGGAUAGUCGUAUUUUGUUAUUUGUUGAAACACAAUAUUCACGUCUUGGGCGACAAUUAAUCGAAGUAUUCGAAUCAUUACGUUUCAAAUAUAAGGCAGAAUUAUCGAAUCGACCAUGGUCCACGGCAACACCAUUCAUCAAUCAGGAUAAAGGCAAAUUUUCGGUGAUAAUAUUUGAAAAUUUACAUAAAUAUUUCAAAUUGAAUCAAUACAAUCGUCAAUUAUUGGAUGAUUAUUGUCGCGAAUUUCAUGUCGGUAUCAUCGGUUUUCUUAAUAACAAUCAUACUGCAAACAAUUCCUCGACAAUCAUUACACAAUCUUUAGACACGAAUUAUCCGGUAAAGAUUAAAAGUGGCUAUCAGCUAAAAGACUAUCAACUCAAUCCAGCUGCUACAAAUGUUUUGCAUAUCACACGUUCAAGUUCAAUAAGCCUUGGUCCAAUCAUUGGUGAUGAUUGGUUCGUUUUCGAACCACCACCACCACCACCACCACGUGGUAUAUCGAAUAUCACAGCCCAUUAUUCAAAUUCAUUCAUUCCAAUAGCUCAAGCUUUGAUUAAUGAUUUUUUCGUCGAUACAUAUCCCGGUGGAUAUCGUUAUUCAACAUUUAAUCGUAGUUAUGUUCAUUCAUUACAAUCGAAAGAACGAAACAAUGUUGAUUAUUAUAACAAUUAUAAAGAACAUCUAAUGACAACAGUAUUACUCGAUAACGGUUCAUUCGAUGGCAUUCAACGAAUACUCUUCGGUAAUGGUUUUGAUCGUUCAUGGCUUCAUAAAUUAUUGUUUAUCGAUUCAUUACAUUAUCUUUCCAAUGGAAAACUAAGUCUACCACUGAAACGUUACAUUCAAAUUGAUAUUGAUGACAUUUUCGUCGGUGAACGUGGAACUCGAAUGAAACAGGCCGAUGUUGAUGCAUUGGUGGAAUUUCAACAACGUCUACAACUUUUCAUGCCUGGAUUUCGCUUCAAUGUUGGAUUUUCUGGAAAAUAUUUUCAUCGGGGAUUCGAUGUGGAGAAUCAAGGUGAUGAUCAAAUGAUACGUAUGGCUCGACAUUUUCGUUGGUUCUGUCACACAUAUUCACAUAGUCAGGCGCAUAUUACAACGAAUCAAACGGCCAUUGAAAAUGAAUUGAUAGCGAACCAAGGAUUUGCUCGCAAUAAUAAUCUACCAGUCGAUAAUGAUUAUAUUGUUUCACCACAUCAUUCAGGUGUGUAUCCGGUGCAUGAACCAUUGUAUGAUGCCUGGAAAAAUGUUUGGAAAGUACGAGUUACGAGCACUGAAGAAUAUCCACACUUGAGACCAUCAUAUCUACGUCAUGGUUUUAUCCAUAAAGGCAUCAUGGUUUUGCCACGACAAACUUGUGGCCUAUAUACGCAUACAAUUUUCAUUGAUCGAUAUCCAGGUGGCCGUGAUAAAUUAGAAAAGAGCAUUUUCGGUGGUGAUUUAUUCUACUCGUUCAUAUUCAAUCAGGUGAAUGUAUUCAUGACUCAUCAAUCCAACUAUGCCAAUGAUCGUCUAGCACCAUAUGCAUUUGAAUCUGUUUUAAAAUUUCUUCAAUGUUGGACUAAUCUAGAGCUACAUUCAUUGUCACCGAUUCAGAUGGCAAAAAAAUAUUUUCAAAUCUAUCCAGAAGAACGUGAUCCUAUUUGGAUGAAUCCUUGUGAUGAUCGACGCCAUUAUAACAUAUGGUCGACGAAGAAAUCUUGUUACCAAUUUCCAAGAUUUUUAAUCAUUGGACCACAGAAAACGGGUUCAACGGCUUUAUAUACAUUUUUGCAGCAACAUCCAUCAUUGCUUACAAACCUGCCAAGUAAUCGCACAUUUGAAGAAAUUCAAUUUUUCAAUGGACCCAAUUAUCAAAAAGGUAUCGAUUGGUAUCUAGAAUUUUUUCCAUUAUCCAAUUUAAUGGAUAAAUUUAAUAUUUCGACAACAAUUUCGAAUGUUACACCUGCCCUUAACAAUAAUAAUAUGAAUGGCACACUGGUACAUAAUCAACGAAAUUAUUUCGCUCGAACACCACCCAAUUAUUUGGAAGAAUCGAUGCAUUAUUAUGAGAAAAGUAGUACUUAUUUCGAUGGUGAACAAGUACCAGUACGGGUUCAUUCAUUAUUGCCACAUGCCCGAAUAGUGAUGAUAUUGAUUAGUCCAACAUUUCGAGCUUAUUCCUGGUAUCAACAUAUGCGUGUUCAUAAUCUAAGUGUUGCAUUGCAGUUUUCAUUCUACGAAGUGGUUAGCCUCAAUAUACCGGACAAACAUUUAUUGGAUAAAAUUACCAUGAAACGAUUACGAGAUCUCCGGAAUCGAUGUCUUAAUCCAGGCAUGUAUGCCAUUCAUAUUGAACGAUGGUUAUCUUUUUUUCCUCAACAACAGAUUACAAUCAUUGAUGGUGAAGAAUUACGACGUAAUCCAAUCUCCGUUAUGGAUCAUUUACAAACAUUUCUUAAGCUUGAACCACAUAUUGAUUAUCGCCAAAAAAUACGAUACGAUCAUCAUAAAGGUUUUUUUUGUCCAAUAAAUCCAUCGACAAAUGGUACUAAAUGUUUAGGAAAAAGUAAAGGUCGACAAUAUCCAAAAAUGAAUCGAUUAGCAUGGAAAUAUCUACAUCGUUAUUAUUGGCAUCAUAACCUUGCCUUAUCAAAAUUAUUGAAUCGAUUACGAAUUAAUUUACCAAAUUGGUUGGUUACAGAACUUUCAAAAAAAUCAUAAUUCUCAACAUCAAAAUCAAAUAUUUUGUGAUCAUCAUCAUGAAUAGCCCUAAAUAAUCAAAAAACAAAACAAAUCGUGGCAAAUGCAGCUGUUAAUGUGGAUGAAGAAGCAAUAAUAACCCUUCAAUCUCGUAUAAUAAUUUUUGUGCCAUUAUUUAAUUGUGGAAAAAAACCCUUUUUUCUCUCUCUCACACACACAUCCCUUGGAUUUUUAGUGUUAAUUUUUUUCUGUUUUUUAUUCAAUCCAAUGUGUUAAUCUUUGUUAUAUAUCAAAUUAGACAUUUUUCUCUGAUUUAAAUGAUUUCGGUUUUAUGUUA